AUGCCUUCUCCUCCUCCUGACUGGGUCAAGGCCCUCACCCCCGCGGGCCCUCAGGGUUCCGAGCUGCUCGCGCAAGAGCGCGCCCAAUCCAAUAUCAAUGUCGACAAGCUUUCCGAAUUGCUACACACAAAGGAGUUCCUGCAGCGUCAAGAUCAGCUGGUGAAGCUCCUCCAGCCCGAGAAGGUCUUUGACAAGUCCCAGAACCACACUCUCGGUCGUGUCGAGCGUCUUCAACGGUCGCUGGCCAAGGCCAAGCGCCUGCAACAGCUGGCUGAGAAGCACCAAUGGUCCAUGGAGGAGCUCCACGCUGCCAAUGAGCUAAUUGGUGAACCUACUCCCUAUGGCCUGCACGCCAGCAUGUUCCUGGUCACUCUCCGUGAACAAGGUAGCCCCGAACAACACAAGCUCUUCCUCGAGCGUGCCGCCAAAUACGAGAUCAUUGGUUGCUACGCCCAAACCGAACUUGGUCACGGCUCCAACGUCCGUGGUCUCGAGACCACCGCCACCUGGAACCCCGACAAGAAGACUUUCACAAUUCACUCCCCUACCCUCACUGCUUCCAAGUGGUGGAUCGGGUCCCUCGGUCGCACUGCCAACCAUGCCGUUGUGAUGGCCCAGCUAUUCAUUGGCGGAAAGAACUUCGGUCCUCAUCCUUUCGUGGUGCAGGUCCGUGACCUGGAGACUCACCAGCCUCUGGAGAAUGUCUACGUUGGCGACAUUGGUCCCAAGUUUGGCUACAACACUAUGGACAACGGCUUCCUUCUCUUCAACAACGUCGAGAUCCCCCACAUUAACAUUACAUCCGCCCUGCCCUCCCCUACCCUCGUCUACGGCACUCUCACCUGGGUGCGAUCCAACAUUGUCCUGCAGUCCGGUGGUGUCCUGGCUCGCGGUGUGACCAUUGCUACUCGUUACGCCGCUGUGCGUAGACAGUUCCAGGACCGCGAUGCGGACGUCAACGCCGGAGAGAACCAGGUUCUCAACUACAAGAUGGUGCAGGUCCGUCUUCUGCCGCUUUUGGCCUCCAUGUACGCCCUUCACUUUACCGGUCGCGGUAUGAUGCGUCUGUAUCAAGAGAACCAGCAGCGCAUGAAGGCUGCCGCUUCCCCUGGCCAGGAUUCGCGUGGCGCUGGCCCCGAGGAGCUCCGCGCUGGUGCCGACCUUCUGGCUGAUCUGCACGCUACUUCCUGCGGUCUGAAGGCGCUUGCCAGUACCACCGCUGGUGAAGGUCUUGAGGUCUGCCGCCGUGCCUGUGGUGGUCACGGUUACAGCAGCUACAGCGGUAUCGGCUCAUAUUACGCUGACUACCUUCCUACUCUGACCUGGGAGGGUGACAACUACAUGCUCACCCAGCAGGUCGCCCGUUACCUGCUCAAGUCUGCUCGCGCCGUUCUUUCCGGCAAGUCUGCUGAUAACGACACUUCCCGCAUCCUCCGCAACUACCUUGACCGCCGCGAGAAGGGUGCCUCUUUCGAUAUCCUCGAGAAUGAUGCUGAUAUCGUGGAGGCCUUCGCUUGGCGCACUGCCCACCUCACCUUUGAGGCUCUGAAGCACCGCGAUGCUGAGAAGCGCUCGUGGAACAGCCUGCUGGUCGAUUUCUGGCGUCUUUCCACCGCUCACUCCCAGUACCUGGUUGUGAGGAACUUCUACGAGGCUGUCUCCUCUCCCAACCUGUCGCAGGCCAUCGACUCCGACUCCAAGACCAUCAUGCACUCUCUCUUCCGCCUCUACGCCCUUCACACUCUCGAGCGCGAAGCCGCUGAGUUCUUCUCCUCCGGUGCCGUCACUGUGCGCCAGAUCACCCUCACCCGCACCGUUGCCGUCAUGAAGCUGCUCGACGAGAUCCGUCCCCACGCCAUCCGUCUUGUUGAUGCCUGGGCCAUCCCCGACUGGCAACUCGACAGCAGUCUGGGCCGAUCUGACGGCAAGGUUUACGAGGACCUCUUCCACCGUGCCAGCCAAGAGAACCCCGUUAACGACCUGACGUUCGACCCCUACCCUUGGAAUGAGAAUGUUCUCAAGAACCAGCCUGGAAAGAGCAAGCUCUAA